AUGAAAUCCCAUCGUUUCUAUUAUUAUAAUUAUAAAACCGGUCAAGGACAUACAUAUCAAGCAUGUAGAGAUUAUUUUGAUAAACAUUUAACAAUUCUACCACGAGUUUUGAUUGAUGUUACUCAGAUUUCGUUAAAAACAACAAUAUUUGGACAUACAUACGAAUCUCCAAUUAUCAUUGCUCCAUCAGCAUUUCAUUGUCUUGCACAUGUCGAUGGGGAAAUUGGAACCGCUCGAGGUGCAACAGAAGCUCAAUGUAUUUAUACGUAUAACUGGAUGUAUUCAACUAUGCCAGAAGAAAAAGUUUUAGAAACAACUGGUCCAAAGUUUUUACAUAUUUAUUUCACUAUUCCGAUAGAAAUAUUAGAAAAAGUUGUUUCAAAUGCUGAAAAAAAUGGUUAUCGUGCUAUCGUUGUUACAUGUGAUGAUCCAACUUAUCGUCUUCGAGAUCAUAUGUUACCGUUAUUUGAAGAAGCAUCGAAGAAUAUUGAUCCGGAUUUAAUGAAGACUAUCAUAACGCCAAAUAUGAAUACGGUUGAUAUUAAAAUUAAGGAAAAUUUCAAUAAAGUUUCUAUAACAUGGGCAAGUCUUCAAUGGGUAAGAAAACUAACAAUGUUACCAAUCAUUUGUAAAGGAAUACUUUCACCGAUUGAUGCUGAAUUAGCAAUUAAAUAUGGAGCAGAUGGGAUUAUUGUUAGUAAUCAUGGUGGUCGACAAGUUGAUACAACAGUACCGGCUAUUCAAUGUCUAGAAGAUAUUAUCAAUCUCGUUAAUGGACGUGCAGAAGUAUUUGUUGAUACUGGUAUUCGAAGUGGAACUGAUGUUUUAAAAGCAUUAGCAUUGAGUGCACGAGCUGUUUUUAUUGGUCGACCAAUUUUAUACGGUUUAGCUUGUGGGGGACAUGAUGGUGUGAAGAAUGUCUUAGAGAUAUUAAAACGGGAAUUAGUUUAUGAUAUGGCUUGUUGUGGAUUGACAACAAUCGAUGAAAUUACUAAAGAUAUUCUUUAUAAACAUUCAUAA